CAAGUGUCAGUUCAAGUCAAGAUAGCUGAUUACAAGUAAUCUGUGUGCAAUUGAUAGUGAAAUGACUUGACUGAAUUUAAAUUCAUUAAUUUUUGUACCAAUACUUGUCCACUACAGUGUUAGUGACAAGUUGUUUAUAAUUUCUCUAUGAAUUUAUGAGCCUUACACAUUCAAGUUUUUAAUGCAUAAGUGUGCAUAAUCUUCAAAUUAAAUGAGAGUAAAAUUGAUAUAAAUUAUCAAUUAACUAUGGAAAGUGAAAAAACGAAUGUGAUCCGUGUUGGAUCUAGGAAAAGCGAGUUGGCACUCAUACAGACAAACUUUGUCAUAGAUAGUCUGAAAAAAGUAUAUCCGGAUAAAGAAUUUACAAUAGUAUCCAUGACAACAUUAGGAGAUAGAAUACUCAAUGUGUCACUGCCGAAAAUUGGAGAGAAAUCUCUAUUCACGAAAGAUCUAGAAGAUGCACUAAGAAAUGACUCUGUUGAUUUUGUUGUACAUUCUCUUAAGGACUUACCGACUACAUUACCAGAGGGCUUAGCUAUUGGUGCUGUAUUUGAGAGAGAGGAUCCAAGAGAUGCAUUGGUGCUGCGAGAGGAAUUAAAUACGCACACAUUGAGCACUUUGCCAGCAGGCUCCGUUAUCGGUACUUCAUCUCUACGUCGCACAGCACAACUCCGUGGGUCAUACCCACAACUCUCUGUGAUUGACGUCCGAGGCAAUUUGAACACAAGGCUGAAGAAACUUGAUGCACCAAGUAAAGAAUAUUCUGCAUUACUUUUAGCUAAUGCCGGCCUGCAGAGGAUGGGAUGGGGGAAUAGAGUUUCCAAAAUACUUCCAUGUUCAGAAAUAAUGUAUGCGGUAGGCCAAGGGGCAUUAGCUGUUGAAUGUAGAUCAGAUAAUGAAGAUAUAUUGAAAAUGCUCGCACCAUUCAACCAUGCAGAAACUUAUUGCAGGGUGCUAGCAGAGAGAAGCUUCCUCAAAACAUUGGGCGGUGGGUGUAGUGCCCCAGUAGGUGUUUCUACAAAAUUAAAACAUGAAGACCCUCAGUACAAAUUCACAAUAGAUGGCGCUGUAUGGAGUAUGGAUGGUACAACAAAGAUACAUGAAACUCUAGAACUGGUGUUGCCACAGAUAAAGAAAACACAAAAACAUAAGUUAAGUCCAACAGAAGAGACUGAUUGUAAGAAAUUGAAGAAAGAAGAAAACGGUGCUCCUAAAGGUCUUGAUGCUGUUUUAGAAUUAAAUAGAAGAAUAACGGAAAGGGAAAGUAACCUUAAUUGUAAAGAUACAAGAUUGAUGGAGGAGAUUGCCAGUUUAAAAUGUCCAAUAUUUUGCGGUUUGUCUGAAAAUAGCAACAUUCCUAUUGAUGUUAUUGAAAAAUGUGAGAAUCUAGGCAAAGAAUUAGCUAAUAAUUUAAUAUCUAAAGGUGCUUUAGAUGUAAUGAAAGUAACACAAGAUUAUAUAAGAAGUGCAGCUGCUCAAAAAUCUUGAUUGUUGAUUUACUUUUUAAUUUUGUGUAUAUUUUUAGAUACAGGGAAAUAUUUAUAUUAUGGUUACAAAUAUAUCUUGUUUUCUUCGUGACAUAUAACCUAACUUUUUUUCUGUAUCAAUAGUGUUGCCAUUAAAUUAGUAUUUAAUAUAUUUAAUAAGUACUUAUAUUUAUGUUAUAAAAAUUCUGGUGCAACAUUAUAGUAUUUAUUCAUAAUUUUGCUUGUUAUAUCAUUGUUUCUUUACACAAUCAACGCAGUAAAAAUUGAUGCACAAAUAAUGAGAAAAAAAAUUAGUUUUUAAAAUCUGUAAAUACAAAAAAAAACAAAGGUAACCACAAUCAAUUACGUUUAACUUACAUUUGUCGUAACAGAAUUAAGUCCGAUUAAAACAAUAUACAAUCGAAUUAUUAUAAAAUAGAAACCUUUAUAAGCGAGAUAAAAAUCAUGGUCCCUUAGACUCUCCGUUAUCCAGGAUUGACUAUUUGAAGUGCUAUGCGUGCACGAUAACAUAGAACUUGCAUUGAAUUGUAAAAACAUUUUGUACAGAAAUGGCAUACAUUUAUAUUGUUUUUCACGAAGUUAUUUUGUUUUAAAAAGAAUAUGGCAGUCAAGUGUUGUUAUUUGUGUAGGUAUGUUUUUUUUUGUUAUUCCAAGUACUUAUCAAAUAGCCCACCAUACUUCGGCAAAAUAAAAAGUUAGCACUGAAAAUCAUGUUACUAUCUACCUUUUUUUAGUAAAGUGGUGCGAGUAUUUGCCAUGGGAUGUUUUGUAUCAAAGUACUUAUGUAUAGUUAUAAUAAUGUUGAAAAUAAAACUGGUGAAUGACAUGGGA